AUGUCCACUUUGACCACACAAGAUGCGAUUCUUCAGUCGUUGAACGAGGCGCAACGUCGAGCUGUUACUUCAUCUGCAUCGACUGUAGCAAUUCUAGCUGGUCCCGGUAGUGGAAAAACCCAUACUCUCACCUCACGAGUAGUAUGGCUGAUUCAAAGAGUUGGCUAUCGACCUGCCGACGUGAUCGUCGCAACUUUUACCGUUAAAGCUGCCAGAGAAAUGAAAGAGCGCAUAGGAAAAGCUCUAGGCGAGGAAUGCGAAAAGAAGAUUGUGCUUGGAACGUUUCACUCGAUUGCCCGAAGAUAUUUGUCUAUAUACGGAAAUCGCAUCGGACUAGACUCCAAGUUUGGAAUCGCAGAUGACGGAGAUUCGAGGGCGAUCAUCCAGAGAAUCUGCAAGAGGCUCGAACUUGGCAUCGAGCCGCUACAUGCGAGGUCAUGGAUCAGUAAAGAGAAAGCGAAGGGACCAAAUACCGCCGUGGCUCCAACGCAGAAAGGCAAAAAAGAGAACCCGGCGCUAAGGACCUGCUAUGAAGAGUAUCAAGCUCAGCUAAAAAGGUCAAAUUUGCUGGACUAUGAUGAUCUCCUGGUCAAGUGUGUCGAACUAUUGAGAGAUCACCCAGCUUGCGUUUCCAACGUCCAGACUGUCCUUAUCGACGAGUACCAAGAUACAAACGGCAUUCAAUAUGAGCUGAUGAAGUUAUUCGCCCAAGCACGCCAGCGAAUCACAAUUGUAGGCGAUCCUGAUCAGAGUAUCUACGGUUGGCGUUCAGCUGAGAUUCGAAACCUUUAUCGACUUUUAAGAGAUUAUCCUGAUACAGAUGAAAUUUCCCUGGAAGAAAACUAUCGAUCGUCACAAUCCAUCCUUGAUGUAUCUCUCAACGUUAUUCAACAAGACAAAAAGCGAUACCAGAAAGUGUUACUGCCAGUCCACACUAAGGGAGCGCGACCGGUUCUCAGGACACUAAAGAGUUCAUCAUCUGAAGGCGAAUGGAUCGUUUCUGAGAUUAAGCGAGUCAUCAUGAUGCUUGGAGAUAUGCUCAAUUUUGAAGAUGUUGCAAUUCUUUUAAGAUCCGCUGCGCUUUCUCGACACAUCGAAUCAGCUUUGGGGAAAGCUGGUGUCGCAUACCGAAUGAUUGGAGGCCACAAAUUCUAUGAACGAAAGGAAAUCAAAGUCUUGAUAGAUUACCUUCGUGUAGUGAGCCAGCCUGACAACAACGAUGCGCUCGCCAGGAUAAUCAAUGUGCCAAGAAGAGGUAUAGGAGAAGCAACCAUCAAAUCUCUUCUUGAAGAGGCGGAGCAGACCAACAUGAGCCUAUGGACUUUGAUUCUCAAGCACUGCAAAGGCAGUCGUAAAGCAAACACCAAUAUCAGACCAAAGAUGGAGCAAAAGCUCAACACAGAACUCAUCCGGACCAUCUCGAGCUUACGAAAAGAAGCCGAUCUAAUUAGUCAGAGCAGCCCUGUCACUCUGGUCAACUUGAUAGAGCAACUGAUUGGCCAUCUUGAUUUUAAGAAGUAUUUGGAGGAAGAAUACACAGAAGAACAUGAACAGCGAUGGGCCAACGUUCAGGAGUUUGUUAAUCUGGUCAGCGAUUUUAUGAGAGAUUUUGGCGGACCAGAGGAAGAAGCACUCCCUGAAAUCGAGAAUAUGGAUCAAGUGAGAGAGGAUGAUAUGCUAGGCCGGUUCCUGGCCAACGUGUCAUUGGCAUCGGACGCACAGAACAAAGGCGACACAAAAGACCAGAAAUCGCUGAUCACUAUAUCGACCAUUCACGCAGCAAAAGGGUUGGAGUGGCCUGUUGUUUUCGUGCCCUCCGUCUAUACUGGAUCAAUUCCUCAUUCAAGAUCGGAAGACACAGAUGAGGAACGACGUCUCCUCUAUGUGGCAAUGACACGAGCCCAAGCGCUAUUGUACCUAAGCUGCCCACUCUACGGUUCUCAAGGGAUGAGCAGUAAGGUUGAACUCUCACCGUUUGUCUCCCCUUUUGCAUCCAAGGUCUUCGCCAAGAAGGGGCCAUCGUUCGAUCGAGCAGUUGUAGAGGGCGUUGCAAAAAUUUUGGGACGAGAGGCUCCAGGUGAGAAGGCAAUAUUCGGAAAACUCCCACCUAUGUUCUCAGUUGAAGAUGACGGGUUUCCUGUCGACCCUGUUGAUCCGAAGAACGUCGAUAGAUACGACGAAGAGACUGGACGACAUUACUCGCGAGCACCCAAGCGCCAGCGUACGGCGCACCCGGUCACGUCAUACGAUGAAACCGAUGAGCUUCCCUGGCAGAGAGAAUAUGCCACAACAAUGGAAAAAUCAUCUGAUUUCACUGUUUCUGCUUUACCAGGGUUCACAACCGCUGGAGCUCAUAGAGUUGCCCUAGAUGCCGCAGCCGCAGCAGCCCAACCAGCAAGCUCAAAACUAGGGCCAAAGAAGGGAUCGACGAAAAGAGGCAUUGGGCAGAAGAGUAUGCUUGGAUGGCUUAAUCAUGGAAGAGAUGCUCCUCAAUCUCGACCCGAACGUCAGCCUCUACCGCAGCAGCAGCAGCAGCCGCCCAGGUCCCUUGCACAGGUGCGAUACCAGUCUGCAUUGUCACGGCAGAAUGGUAUGACUGGGAGAUUACCAACAGGGCUGGAGCCACAAAAGCCAUUGAUCGAUCCGGAGCUGGCAAAACAUAAACUUCCUUCUGCACGACCUCUAUCAAAACCAAAUGUUCCCAAGAUAGACGCGGGCCCUCGAAAACCUUACUCCUGUUUCUCCAGUUCACCACCACGACCACCGUCAAGAAAAGAGCCUGAAGAAGAGAACAAAAAGGACGAGGAAGAAGCAUUGCCUAACAAGCCUGCUUCAAGUCUUCACGCGACAACAUUCAUGUCUGUAAAACCCAGUGGAGGUGUGCGACGCCCAGUUGGCCUGGGGCCGGCGCCUUCGAUGGAUCGAUUGCGUAAACCAUUCAAACCGCUGACGAUUAAUCGACCGAAGCGACCAGGUAGCUGA